ACAAAAAUACAACUUUAGUUGUCAUGAUAUUGAAAAUAUGAUGCUUAAUACAAAAUAUAACAAUUCAUUACAUAUAUUAGACUUAGGAUGUAACAAUAUUGGUGAUUAUGGUAUUGAUCAUAUUUCUAAAUGGUUGACAAGAAAACCAGCUUUGAAAACUUUAAUUUUAUGCAGAAAUAUCAUAACUGAUCAUGGUGCAAGAAGUUUAAGUUAUUCCAUUCCGUUUUCGAAACUUUUAUUCCUCGAUAUUUCAUAUAAUAAAAUCACUGACAAUGGAAUGGUGAAUAUUUUAUGUACACUGAAGAAAUGUCCUAUGUUAAGACAGCUGAAAAUAUUUGGCAAUUGCAUUGGUCAUUCAUCAGCAAAAAUAGUUAAACGAAUGUUAUUAUCUCAAGUCUUGAAUCAAGAGAAUAUAGAUGUUAGACCAUAUAAAAUAGAUCAUAGAUGGUAUUUUGCAAAAUAUGAAGGAAAUUGUUAUGAAAAAGAAAACAAUAUUCCUUAUUAUCUUUCCUCACAAUUGCAGAAAUUAACUUCUUCAAAGACUCCUGCUUCCAUUAAAACAUAUUAUAAAUAUACAUAUUCAACUACAAGUGAAAUUAAAUCGGAACAUUUGACUGUAUCUCUUAUUUCUACAAAACUAAGCAAAAAUUAUAUAAAAGACUGCAGAUGUUGUUAUUGUUUGAAAUGUCAGGCUUCUGAUUAUGAUGAGAAAUGCAGAGAUAUUGAUCAUUCAGAUAAUUGCACUUGUUGUACAUGUAAAGGUGAUGAAAGUAGUGAAUGGUCUAUAGAUAAAUCAGUUUUGAAAAAAAUUGUAUCUCCUCCUGAUCCUGCAAAAAAUAUUGAAUAUAUUGUAAAACAAGUCAAUUCUAAGACUCGCAAAAAUAUUUUAAGAUGGAUUAAUAUUAAUGAAGAUAUCUUAGAAGAAGAUUUAAAAUUAAUUGAUCCAAGUUUAACAAAAAAAAGCACAGAAGAAUCUGUUUCAUGCAAAUGCUCAUGGAUGCAGUUAAGCUCAUCUUUACUACAGAAAUAUUUGCAACAAUCUUCUUCAAAAAAUUUAAUCAUUAUACCAAAAGAUAACUUUAUCUGUUUAAAGGAUAAGUGCAAGAAUUUUCAUAAAAAAUCUUCAUCAGAUAAUUGUACAAAUGCAAAUAGAAGUAAAUGAGAUUUUAUAAAAAUA